CGUGUUUUAAACUUUUUUUUAAAACAAAUAAUAAAUUUCGAGAUAUCUAAGAAAAAUUAUUCGUUAGCUACUAGUGAAAUUGUUUAUAAAUAAUUUUAAUAUUUCACAGCAUUAUGUACGGUGAGACGAUAAUUUAUGGACGACCUUUGAGCGACGCUAGAUUGACCUUGAUUGUCCACCUAAUAACUAGGACCAAAUGAGAGUUAUAAAGGAGCGUGAGGAAUUAGAAUUAGGAUUUACAGUUGAUGGUUAAGGUAAGGAAUUGGAUUUCAGGGUUUUCAUCAUGAACUGACACUAGCUAUAAUGCCAAAACUCUAUUUAGCCAAAUGGGCGAGUGAAUUUGGCGCCAAAAUCUGAGACCUGUUAUUUUAUAUUUGAUCGUCCAUAAACUAGACUCUCGCCCUAUGUACAUUUCGGAUCAAUAGAUUAAACAGCUGUCCAGUGCUUCCAGGUUUUCCAUGGUGGUCUAGAUUAAAUGGACUUAUGAAUUCAACUAUUACAUCACUACAGCAUUCACAAAACUCUCUUUCCAAUAAAUUAUUGUUCGUCAACUGAUGAGUAAUUAAAUACAGUAAACAUUAUAUGUCGAUAUAGGGAUUUCAUGAUGACUGUCUUUUUAACGAUAUAUUACAUGAUGAACUAUCGUUCCUUUGUGAAAAUUCAUCUGAGACGUGUAUUAUUUGCAUCAAAAUUUAUAGAACAAAAAUCUAAAUAACGUUACAUUGAACAUAACCGUCAGGUUUUUGUGCACAACGAACACCUUGUCGAGCUAGUUUCUAAACAACGUGUGUUGAGAAGACUGAUGAACUAUUUACUAACAAAUGAAAUCCCCAAAUUAUAGAUAUUAUGAAGACAUAUGAAUGAUUGUUUGUAAAAAAAAAACAUGACUUCGUUUUAAACUCAAAAAAGUGGUCAAGAUAAUUUUCUACACAGAACACUAGAUCACAUCAAUUUUUCCAAGUAAGCGUAAAGAUAGAUUCCUGAGUCCUGAUUGGCUGUUUAAGCACAAGGACGAUCAAUAACGGUAUAUUUUUUCGUAGUCAUACCAAUUCAGUUUGAUUAAGCACUUUUAAAAUAUUUUUACAGUUAUAUCACUGUGGUCUUUGGAAUAUAUCAUGUACAGGUUGAUUUCACCUACAUAUGAAAUCAUUAUUUUUUAGGAUAUGCUGAGGUAAUUUUUUGAACAGAAAACAGGAUGUCACCUACACCACACGUAUGGUUACCUAACAUCGAUAUUUUUUUAGUAACAAAACAUUAAAUUACAUUAAUUUAAUCUUUGUUUAUAUGAAUAAUGUCAACAAAAUUAUGCGUAUUCAAGGAGGUAUUUUUGUUCUGUGCUGCCAAGUAUUUGAGGUAUGUUAUCGUAUGAGCUUUGAGUAAUAAAAAUACGAAUACAGUACUGGUUAACGUAACUCUGCCAGUAGCACAUCUAGAGUUACUGCCGGUCCCAAGCCCGGGCAAAGGAGGAGGGUUGGGCAUGGGGUUAGCGUCCCCAUCCCGUAGAAAACUAACUCGCUAAAAAAACGCUUACCAGAAAAAAUAAUUCAAACCAUUUUAACUCUGCCCUGGGAGUAAGAAAGUCUUCAUUUAGACGAAUUAUGACGCUUAAUAGUGAAAGCCGAGUUCCUUCGGAAGCCAUGAGGCCGAUGCCCCUUCUAACAACCAAAGCAACAAUUUUUAUAGGUACAUGGAACGUCCGAACAAUGUGGGAGACCGGGAAGACCAGUCAAAUAUCAAUGGAAAUGAGGAGAUACAACUUGGCAGUACUGGGAAUCAGCGAAACCCACUGGACCCAAGCUGAACAACAAAGGCUAAAUACGGGAGAGAUGCUGCUAUACUCCGGUCACGAAGAGGAAAAUGCUCCGCAGACUCAGAUAGUUGCUCUAAUGCUGUCCAAAGUAGCACGAAAUGCACUUGUACGAAGGGAAUCUCACGGAUCCAGAAUCAUCAAAGCAUCAUUCAAAACAAAGAAGGAGGGGAUCACAAUGAAUAUUAUCCAAUGUUAUGCACCCACAAAUGAUAGCAACGACGACAUUAAAGAUCAAUUCUACAAGCCGCUGCAGUCAAUCAUAGAGAAAUGCCCAAGAGACGACCUCACCAUUCUGAUGGGAGAUCUAAACGCCAAACUCAGAAUAGACAACACCGGAUAUGAAGAUAUUAUGGGACGACAUGGACUGGGAGAGAGAAACGAAAAUGGAGAAGGAUUUGCAAAUCUAUGUGCAUUCAACAAAUUGGUCAUAGGAGGCACAAUAUUUCCACACAAACGUAUACACAAAGCUACAUAGAUCUCACCGGACCACACUACAGAGAACCAGAUAGAUCAUAUUUGCAUCAACAAAAAAUUCCGAAGGACAAUCGAAGAUGUGAGAACCAGGAGAGGUGCUGACAUAGCUUCAGAUCACCACCUAAUUGUAGCCAAUUUAAAACUGAAGCUAAAAAAGAACUGGACAACUGGACAAACAGCAAUACAAAGGUUCAA